CUGUUCCCUUUCCUUGCGAAGUGGUCACUGUUGUGAAAUGGAAUGAUUAAGAAGUGUUACUCCAGAAGUAGAGAAAAGGUAUUUCCCUCUGCUGGCCUUUGUAUGUGGACUACCCUCUGUCAUCCUGUUCAGCCCAUUUAGAUUUUGACUUAAAUGUAGGCUCUUAGUCCGGUGUAAAGCUGAUGGGUGGGAGCAAAGGUAAAGAAUGAUGUAAUGCAGCAGCAGCCAGAAAGCAUCUUUUGUUUGAAUUGUGAAAUGGCUACUCCAUAGUCAUCUCCUGAUGAAUCAGAUGUGAGGGGCUGCUUUGUGGAAUGAACCCUUUGUAACGGCACAUCAACUGGAAGCAGGAGGAGACAUUCAGUUGAAGAGCUCUUUCUGAAAAUGGGUUUAACUUUUCUUUUGCCAGUCACUACCAGCAUGACCUCAUACACUUCUAGUACAAUGGUGUGGCUAAGCCUUUGAGUACACAGCCAUUACAUCAUCGCAGCAAAUUAGAGAGGGAGGUGGUGAAAGAGGCCUUAUUGUUGUCAUGGCCGAUGAGAUGAUCAGGACUCAACUCAUUGUCGCCGAGAAGUUGGUGGCUUUGCUGGAGAGUGGUACAGAAAAGUUGUUGCUGAUUGAUAGCCGCCCCUUUGUGGAAUACAAUACGUCCCACAUCUUGGAUGCCAUCAACAUCAACUGCUCCAAGCUUAUGAAGCGGAGGCUGCAGCAGGACAAAGUUUUGAUUACAGAGCUCAUUCAGCAUUCAGCAAAACACAAGAUUGAAAUUGAUUGCAAGCAGGAAGUGGUGGUGUAUGACCAAAGCUCUAAAGAUGUGACCUCCCUCUCAUCUGACUGCUUUCUUACUGUGCUCCUGGGCAAACUGGAGAAGAAUUUCAGCUCUGUGUAUCUGCUUUCAGGUGGAUUUGCUGAGUUCUCCAGCUCUUUCCCCGGUCUCUGUGAAGGAAAAUCCACGCUCGUCCCUACUUGCAUUUCUCAACCCUGCCUACCUGUCUCCAACAUUGGCCCAACCAGAAUCCUGCCUCAUCUCUAUCUUGGGUGUCAGCGGGAUGUCCUCAACAAGGAGCUGAUGCAGCAGAAUGAUAUUGGCUACGUACUAAAUGCCAGCAAUACUUGUCCAAAGCCUGAUUUUAUUCCGGAAUCCCAUUUCCUGAGAGUGCCUGUGAACGACAGCUUUUGUGAGAAAAUUUUACCUUGGUUGGAUAAAUCAGUCGAUUUUAUAGAAAAAGCAAAAGCAUCAAAUGGCUGUGUGUUAGUGCACUGUUUAGCUGGAAUAUCUCGCUCUGCCACAAUUGCUAUUGCAUAUAUCAUGAAGAGAAUGGAUAUGUCCUUAGACGAAGCUUACAGAUUUGUGAAAGAAAAAAGGCCAACCAUUUCUCCCAACUUCAACUUUCUGGGCCAGCUUUUGGACUUUGAGAAAAAGAUCAAGAACCAGAGUGGUCAGCCUGCACAUAUUAGUAAGCUGAAACUUCUGCAUUUGGAAAAAAGCAGCGAGCACGUGCUGGUCCCAGAAGGUGGGCAGAGCAGCCUCUCCACUAACCAGCUCUGCAUUACUGCUACCUCCGAGAUCGUGGAACAGAAGCCGACGGACUGCGGCAGUGCACCAUGCGGGCACUUGUCCCCUCUGGAAGAUGGCCCACUGGUACAGGGCAUAAACGGACUGCACGUCUCCCUAGAUAAGGUGGAGGACAGCAACCGGCUGAAGCGCUCCUUUUCUUUGGAUAUCAAAUCUGUAUCCUACUCGGCAAGUAACAACUGUGUGACUGCAUCGGUUCAGGGCUUUGCCUCCUCCGAAGACACCCUGGAAUACUACAAACACGCGACUGCUUUAGAGGGCAGCAGCAAGUUGUGUCAGUUCUCCCCUGUCCAGGAGGUCUCGGAGCAGACCCCAGAAACCAGCCCUGACAAAGAGGAAGCAAACCCUCCCAAGAAACCCCAGAACACCUGGCAGCUGGAUAGCCAGAGCAAACGGCAACACCUGGGGAGAGCCAGCAGCAGUGCCACCACUCAGCGGUCACUCCUGUACCCCCUCCACCGGAGCGGGAGCAUGGAAGACAACUACCGAACAAACUUCUUGUUUGGUCUCUCCACCAGCCAGCAGCAUUUGGCGAAGUCUGCUGCUGGGCUGGGCCUCAAAGGCUGGCACUCGGACAUCUUGGCUCCUCAGACAUCGGCUACGUCCCUUACCAACAGCUGGUAUUUUGCAACUGAGUCCUCACAUUUCUACUCUGCCUCCGCCAUCUAUGGGAACAGCGCUGCUUACUCUGCCUACAGCUGUAGUCAGCUGCCCACAGGCUGUGACCAAGCCUGUGCUGUGCGCAGGAGGCCAAAGCAGGGUGAUCGAGGUGACUCCAGGCGCAGCUGGCAUGAGGAAAGCUCUUUUGAAAAGCAGUUUAAGCGCAGAAGCUGCCAGAUGGAGUUUGGGGAGAGCAUCAUGUCAGACAACAGAUCCAGAGAAGAACUGGGGAAAGUAGGCAGUCAGUCGAGCUUUUCAGGCAGCAUGGAAAUCAUUGAAGUGUCUUGAGGGGCAGCAAGCUUGUGUGACUCUAUUGGAGCUGCUUCCUCCUCCAGGCCGCUCCCCCAGCAUUUGAGAGGUCCCUGUAAAUCUGAAAAGAACGAACUUUGUGCAAAAAGGUGGGGGGGAAGGGAAGAAAUGUGAGGCUUCAGUGUGAACACAGUGAGUAGAUUAAUACAGCACAGAAAUGACAAGUGAGCAUCUGCCUGAGGAGAUCGAGUGUACCGCUCGGUUUUUCUCCUCCCCUUCCCUGGAGAAGGGCAGAACAUUUCAAAGAUCUUUCCCUGACAGAGGAAGCAAUUAUAUGCAAUGGAUUGCACAUCCUUUCAGUGGUUUUUAAAAAGGAAGCUCUCUUGGUAUCAAACCCUUUCUCUGGUUCCACUGAAACACGCUCCUACCCAUCGAAGCUAGUUUUGUUCUCCCCUCCUUGCGCCCCUCGUCUUCACCAGUGCACCUUAGCCCUGACACUGAGCCAACCUCUGGAGGGAGACCUUUUUCCCGUAAGAAGGGAGACCGGGAGCGAUUCCAAAGGAUGUAGGGACUGGUUACAGCAAGGCUGGUCUGAACACACAGUUCAGACAAAUGUAAAUACUGGUGUAACUAUUGUUCUAAUGGAUAGGCUUUAGGCGAUUCGCUAGAGAGCUGCUUCAGAGAAAAAAACCCCAGUACCUCAAAAAUAUAAAAAUAAACUAGGGCUUUAUGGCUGCCAGAUGCUGGUAGUCAGUUCAUAAGCAAUGUGAACAAGUAACGAUUAGCCACAUUUGAUUAUUUUUUUUUUUUUAAAGCUGUCUACGCACAAGUGUUUCAGUUGGCUCAGCAGCAGUUCUUAAAAAGACAAAUGAACCAUACUUAUGACUGUUUCCCCCAGUCUUUUGAACAUAAAAUAAGCAGUAUUUGUAUUUUUUUAUAUUAAGCUGGCUUCUGGGAGAGGGGUAGCUGCUUUGGCUUCUAAGCUAUAAUCGAGUGGUUAAUACUUAGGGUUACGCAAGAGAAGUGUGGCUGGUACAGAUC